AUGUUGAGUGGAUUAAAAGGUAUCAGAAUUAGUCAAUUCAUAGUCUAGAUCUUGGGCAAGAUAGAUAAGCAAAUUAUAUGUUUUAUUUUGGAUUAAUAUCAAACAUCACUUCUUAAUUUGAUUACGACUAUUUCGACAUAUCUUGCUAAGACUCCUAUAACUCAAUUAUGCAUUUCGGAUAAGGACAGAACCUCAAAAUCAAGUUUCAUUGUAUCCUAGUUUGGUGGUAUAAUAAGAUUGAAUAAUAUUCAAAUAGUUGAUUCUAAUACUUCUACUUUUGGGAAAUUAAUGACUGUUGAAGCCUUAUCAGAUGUAUCUUUUUUUUCUGCUAAUGCUGUAAACACAAUUUAACUCGAUGAUGUGAAAGUAACUUAGAUAUAAUCUCAAUCCUUAGUGUUAUUUUCCAACACAAUUGCGAAAUUUGGAGGAAUGCUUGAAAUUACUGGAUAGUCAGAUAUUGAAAUUAAAAAUUCACAUUUUUAUUAUUUCUAGUCUAUCAAUAAUGGUUCUGGGAUAUAUGUGGAUGAUGAUAUGAAUAAUAUUAAGAUAAAUGUAUCUAAUACAGCAUUUUCCUAUUCAAAUCCAAAUCUAAUGAUUUAAGAUCCUUCAAUGAAAAUCUAUGGAGGAGUUAUAUAUGCUAAGGGUCGUGGAAUAAGCAUUAAUUUAAGGGCUUUAGAAGGUGGGUUAAUGUAUUUCCAAAAUUCAAAUGCAACAAUUAGCAAUUUCCAUGUAGAAAAUAUUAUAGCCAAGAACGGAGGAAUGAUUUAUCAAGAAGGAUUUUCAUAGUUAGAAUUAAAUCUUGGAUAAAUAUAGUAUGCUAUUGCUUUAGUUUCAGGAGCUGUAGUUUAUUCAGUUAAUUUAAAAGAAAAUGAUAACAACUAAGACUCCUAACAAACAAAUAGUUAUUCAAAACUUUCAAUUUCUAAAACAAACAUUUCAUAAAUUAUAAGUAUAAAUGAUGGUGGAUCAUUUUAUCUUGAUUCCAGAGGCAUUGAAUUUGAUCUUACAGAAGCUUAAGUAUUUGCAGUAGAAGUUCUUUUUGGUUCUGGGGGAUUUAUUUUUAUUAAAGAAGCUGAAAAAUGCUCAUUAUCUGAUAUAUUUCUCUAAGAUUCAUAUGCAAGAAAUUAAGGUCAGCAAAUUUUUUCAUAAAAAGAUGAACCUAUCACUGAACUUGCUGGGAUUACUUUACUAAAUUCAAAAUCUGUUACAUUUAAUUAGUGUCAAUUUAUUGGAAACUUGUAUUCAGGAAAAGGUGGUGCAAUUUAUGUUCAAGGCGGAAAUUAUGGAUCAGCAAUGUAUCUUGAAAACUGUUUAGAUAUUUAACUUUAAGGCCUCAAUAUAUAAAACAGUAUGGCAAGUAUAGAUGGAGGUAGUUUAUACAUUAAAAAUCCAACAGGAAACGUUAAAAUAAUUGAUUCACUAUUUACUAAGGUACUAUCUUAAAAUGAGGGUGGAUGUGUCUACUACUUAGUAGAUGAUGCAUCAAGUUCGGUUUAAGUUGCUCUUCAGUUUUAAAACGUAAGUUUCUCAAUAAUUUAGGCUAAAAUUGCAAGCUCGGUUUCUGUAUAUGGCUAUUAAACUAAUGUGAUUUUUUUAAACUGCUCAAUAGCAAGAUCUUAUGGUGAUGAUUUCAAUUCUAUUUAUAUUAAAAAUGCUAACACUUUAGAUAUUAUUGCUUUUGAUGUUUCUAGCAUUUAUUCGAAAGAUAAUUCUGCUUUUUUAUAUGUAGAUACUGUGAAAGAAUCAGUAAGUAUUUAGUAAACGAGAAUCUAAUGCAGGGUUACUACCGAUUAAUACACUAACCCAGAAUAAGUAGAAGAUUGGCGAAGAAGGAACUUAAGAAAUAAUGAUUAACAUAUUGAACAAAUUGAUAAUUAAAUAUUAAAUGAUGAUUAUACUCUCACUAAAAAAGUUUAAUUAAUCAAGAAAACUGAAUUCGAUAUUUAUGAUUCUAAAGCUAUAAAAAUAUUUUAGCUCCUAUAAUUGUGGAUAAAGCACCACAGCUUUUUCUAUAAAAAAUGA